AUGUUGGUGGAAAUGCUUAGGAUGAAGAGGGAGGUGAUCGAAGAUGUUGCAAUAAUAGGGGGAUUGGUAGGGGUGCAAUUUGUGUAUGCUGGGAAUUCUGUGUUGCUGAGUUAUUUUAUGUCUUUGGGGCUUGACCCUCUCACCAUUGUUAUUUUCUCUACCUUGGCCACUUUCAUCAUCCUCUCUCCUAUUGCUGCUUUUUUUGAAAGGCAUACAUGGCCCUCGAAAGUCAGCUUGAAGUUGAUGAUUCAGUUGGUUUUGAUCGCCUUUGGAGGGGUAACUUUAUUCCAGACCUUAGUCCUAAAGGGCAUCAAGCUAACUUCACCAGCAAUGGCAACAGCCAUGCCAAACCUUGCUCCUGGUUUUAUUUUCAUCAUCGCAUGUACUGUUAGAUUGGAGAGAGUGAAAAUUAGUUGCCUCUACAGCAAAGUGAAGAUUCUAGGCACAUUGCUAUGUGUGCUAGGCGCUAUCACAAUGAGCAUAAUGCAAAGCACUACCACUCCUGCGGAAAGAGAGGCCCAAUUUCAAGCUCGUGCUCCUGAUGUUGUCUUUGAUAGGCAGAAAAUUAUUGGUUGCUUGUAUCUCCUCUCUGCUGUGUUUGUCUUGUCCAGCAAUAUUGUCUUACAGGCUACAACAUUGCGUGAUUUUCCUGCACCUAUGUCCUUGUGCGCCAUAACAUCUUUGAUAGGGGUGUUUAUAACUGCAGCAGUACAAUUUGUUCAAGAUCGCAAGAUAGAAACUGAUUGGCCACUUGUGAGUGCAAAAGACUUGGUUGGCUUUUCUCUACUGGCAGGUACAGUGAGUGGAGUAUGUGUGAGCUUCAAUGGAUGGGCAAUGAAGAAAAGAGGGCCUGUUCUGGUUUCCAUGUUUAGCCCCAUUGGAACAGUCUGCUCAGUUGUUCUCUCACUUGUGACAUUGGGAGAGAGCAUCAGUGUUGGAAGCUUUGCUGGCAUGUGCCUCAUGUUUACUGGCCUCUACUUCUUCCUAUGGGCCAAGGGCAAGGAAGUUUACUUAGAUGUUGUUGACCUUGAAAGUGAGUUUGAUGCAGAGAAGCCUCUAUUAAGUUGA